CGUGAUACAGGAGUCGGUCAACAGGACUCAACAAACAUACAGCUAGACAGAUAGAUAGCUAGAUAGCUAGAUAGCUUGACAGCUGGAUAGCUGGAUAACCAAAUAGCGUGUUAGCUGGAUAGCUAGAUAGCUUGGUAGCUUAAUUGCUAAAUGGCUUGACAACUUUAAAACUAGAAAGUAUUUCAGCUAGAGAGGCAAACAGAUAGCUAUUCAAGAAGCUAAGCAGCUAAAUAGUUAAAUAGCUAUAGUGAUUAGCUAGCUGUCAACCAGAAACUGUGAUAGUUAACGGAGAAUUAAGAUCAUGAUAAACUUCUUAAUGUUGAACCUGGAACCGAGAGCAAAGUUAUCCUACUAUUGAACCUGGGACCUGGAGAAAAGUUGUUCUACUAUUAAACAUGGUAUCUAGAGCAAAGUUGCCAUAUCAUUGAACCUGAUACAUGGAGAAAAGUUGUCCCACUAUUGAACCUGGAACCUGAAAUAAAGUUUUUAUAUUGUAAACAAAGAUUUAUGCUACACUUUCCAAUGUUGAACCUGGGACCUGGAGUAAAAUUAUUCUACAAUUGAACCUGGACCUAGAGUACAGUUAUUCUACUGUUGAACCUGGAACCUGGAGUAAAAUUAUCCUACUAUUGAACCUGGAACCUGGAGUACAGUUAUUCUACAGUUGAACCUGGAACCUGGAGUACAGUUAUCCUACUAUUGAACCUGGGACCUAGAGUAAAAUUAUCCUACUAUUGAACCUGGAACCUAGAGUAAAGUUAUUCUACUGUUGAACCUGGAACCUAGAGUAAAUAUAUCAUUCUUCUAAACCUGGAGUAAAGUUAUCCUACUAUUGAACCGGGAUCCUAAUGUAAAGCUAUCAUACUAUUGAACCUGAAACCUAGAUUAUAAUUAUCUUACUGCUAAAGUUGGAACCUGGAGUAAAGUGAGCCCUGAGAGCCUGGAUCCCAGGAUGGAUUACUCUUAUUUAGAUAGAAAAAGACGCAUCUUGUAAAUUUUACCAUGCAUGCUCUAACUGUACUGUUACUGUGUACUGCACAUGUACUUCAUCUUCAUGGAGAAGCUUUCAUCGAGGAGGUGAAUGACCGGCAGCUGGAGAAGCUGGUCGAAGAGAAUGAUUUUGUAGCUGUAGCUUGGUUUACUAAAACCUGCAAGACGUGUGAGGCUGCUAUUGCAGGGUUGGAGGGGGUAGAUGAUAUCACUGACAAAUAUAAUAUUGAGUUCGUGAAACUAAACAAUAAGAAGUAUGCUCGAAACCUCGGAAUCAGGCAGUUUCCUGCAGUAUCCUUCUAUAAGGCGGGUGUAAUGACGGUGUUUGACGGCGAUGUUCUUGACACCGAGGCAGUUGUGGAGUUCCUCACCAACGAGGAUGCUCUUGAGCUACCAGACAAAAUAGAAUCAGUGGAUGAGGAAAAUCUGUUCAGGAUUCUGGAGGAGGAGGACUAUGUAGCUGUUCUAUUCUAUGAGGAUAAGAAGAGAGAGAGUAUGAAAGCUCUUCAGCAUCUAGAGAUGAUAGAUGAUGAGGCAGAUCUAUUUGGUAUCAGGUUUGUCAGAAUAAUUGAUCUAGAACUAGCGGACGAUUAUUCUCUCCGAACCCUGCCAGCCCUGGCCUUCUUCAGGCACUUCACCCCCAUCCUCUACAUCGGGGAUAUCAACAACCAGGAGGAGGUUUUCGAGUUUCUCUUCCAGAACAAGCACACGGCCGACGAGGAUUUUGUUAUCGAGGAUGUGGACACAGAGAAGCUUGAUAUUCUUAUCAACCAUAUUGAUUUCGUUGUAGUUCUUUUUUAUAAGGAUGGAGAUGAGUGGAGUGAGAAAGCUAUAUCUGCUGUGGACUCUAUAGAUGAUAAUCUCAAGGGACGAGGAGUGAGUGUUGUUAAAACCUCAAGCCCGGACCAGAUUCAACUCUACGAUAUUGAAAUCCUUCCCAAACUGAUUUAUUUUGAGUCGGAGAUCCCAACCUUCUGGCCGGAUGAUAAACUCCUAGAUCAUAAUGAAACUAUUCUGGCCUGGGUGGAGCACUGUCAGGACUCCGACCUCAUCGAGGAGAUCACGGAGGAGAUGCUUGAGAAAUUGAUAGCCAACACGGAUCAGAUCGCCGUAUUCUUCUACGGAAAGAAAGAUCUUGGAUCGUUUGAGAGCGUUCUCGAAGGUUUGGAGAAUAUUGACGAUGAACUGGAUUCCUUCGAACUUCCGUUUGUGAAAAUCUCCAGUAAGACGAUUGCGUCGGAUUUUGGGUUUGACGAACUUCCGGCAAUCGUCUUUUUUCAACGCGGAGUUCCGGCUCUGUGUGAUGUAGAUAUUCUGGACGAAGGUCAGGUUCUUAAAUGGAUUCUUAUUGAAGCAGAUCUUUGGGUUGAACCUCCCCUAGUAGAGCAAAUAUUCAUCAUUGAAAAUACUAGACAAGAGGGUUUCAGCUCCGAUACUCCGGAGCUGGGUAGCGGAGAGCAGGAGGAUCAGGAGGAGGAAGAGAAGAAUAAUCUCAGGGUUCAGCUAUGA